ACGCGCUGAGACAACCGAGCGUGGACUUUCUCGCCGCGCUGAACUUUGCUGGCUGAACCUCUCCCACUGUUCGCCGGACCCCCCUCGCCUGACGUGAGCCGCCCCUGCGUGCCCCUCAGUGACGAGUGACGAGUGACAUGAAUGAUCUGCGCCGGUGGAAGGCUCGGAGUGUUAAGUGACAAGUGAUGUGGAGCUAUAUCGAACCAUGAGGAUUUACUGCCAGUCUCACUCUCUGGUGUUACAGCUAUGUGGUUUAGCGGCGACAUUCUUGGUCUUCAUGCCAGGAUGGACGCAGCAGCAGGAUCUGACCUCGGCUAAGGAUAACGCUGAGGUGCCAGCUGCAGAAUUGUCCAGCCUGAGAGGCCCUUACUUUGACACUUCGGCUUCCAAGAAUGUCACGGCACUUGUUGGCAAAACGGCGUACCUGAACUGCAGAGUCCGCAAUCUCGGAAAUCGCACGGUAUCCUGGGUGAGGCACAGAGACAUCCACUUGCUGACUGUGGCCAGGUACACGUACACCAGUGACCAGCGCUUCCAGUCCAUACACUCCCCCCAGAACGAGGAUUGGACACUACAGAUACGCUACCCACAACGUCGGGACUCCGGGAUAUACGAGUGUCAAGUCAGCACUACUCCUCCUAUUGGCACUUCCAUGUAUCUAUCGGUGGUCGAACCGAUUACCACAAUAGUGGGUGGGCCGGAUCUGUACAUCAACCGCGGAUCCACCCUGAACUUGACGUGCGUGGUGAAACACAGCCCAGAACCUCCCCCUGCCAUCUACUGGACACACAACUCAGAGGAAAUAAACUACGACUCUCCUCGUGGUGGCGUAUCAGUGAUCACGGAAAAGGGUGACGUCACCACCUCCUACCUUCUCAUUCAGAGGGCCAUGUCUGCCGACUCCGGCAAGUAUACGUGCAGCCCGUCCAAUGCCAACUCCAAGACUGUCGUCGUCCAUGUGCUCAACGGAGAACAACCUGCGGCGAUGCAGCACGGAGGCCAGUUGCGACUGGAGUAUCCUAUAAGUGUCUUUCUGCUCAGUGCAUCAGUCACUCUUAUGAGCUAGUGACGGUGUAUUCUCUAGUAAUUGAGG